UCGUUUCCAAUUGUACUUAUUGAAAGAUGAAUGACGAGUACGAGAGCAUUUUGCUGAUUAUAAGAGAAUGUUUUGUCUACAAAAUCCCACCAAGAACAGCAGCAAGAGGAUACAGAGCUGCAGAAUGGGGCGAUCUCGGUAGUGCUUACUUAUGGAAAGGCAGAUUAAGAAUGGUGAGCAAAGGCAACCAAUGUGAAAUCAGACUCGAAGAUAACAGUACAGGUGAACUGUUUGCUGUCUGUCCAUAUGAUCCCAACUCGAAUUCAGUAGAAGCCGUUUUGGAUUCAAGCCGGUAUUUUGUUUUGAAGAUUGAAAGUGAAGGUCGCCAUGCUUUCAUUGGUAUGGGUUUCCAAGAGCGCACGGAUGCAUUUGACUUUAACGUUACCUUACAAGAUUUUGUCAAACAGUUACGGGCCGAAAAGGAAGCAGAAGAAAGAGCUGCUCAUGCAGACACCACACCUAAAAAAGAUUAUAGUUUAAAGGAGGGACAAACCAUUAAUAUCAAGAUUGGUAAUGUGGGGUCAAAGAGACCCAAACCAGCAGCUAUGAGUACCUCCACCUCAUCUAUGCAUAAUGAUCUAUUCGGCAAUAGUGUUAACAAUACCAGCAGUAAUACCCUGAAUGGUGGAUUUGUGCCCUUGAUACCACCUCCACCCUCUGCUUCUCAAGUAAAGCAGCAACAACGGCAGCAAAAGCAGCUACAACAACAACAACAACAACAACAACAACCCUUCUUUUAGUCAGUUUCCUCAUCCAUACUUUAACGUCAUUGAUAUAUGUACA